AUGCAACAGCAUAUUUCACCUGCUGCAGGAGAAUUUUACGGAAUGUUAAUUUUGGAAGGACAUUCAUUGUGCAAAGCUGUCUGGUAUACAUUUAAAAAAUAUCGCAAAGAUCCACAGGUAUACGGUCUUAAUCAAUGGAAUGAAAGACAGUAUCGCCGUCGUCCUGUAUUAAUCUUACAUGGUGCUAUUGGUUCAUGGUCCUAUCUUGGAGAUUUAGCAGUUCUACUAAAAAGUGUUCAUAUACCCGUCUUUGUUAUAAAUCUUGGUUUUGGAUUACCUACAGAAGAGACACGUAAGAGAGUUUUCGAUAAAAUCGAAGAAAUAAGAAAACUCUAUUACGAUUCUUAUCAGAAAUUGAAUAAUGAAACUCAUUGUGGUCAAAUCGAUCAAGAAUCACUCGGUACCAUGCAUAACGAAAUCUCGACAAUGAAAUUACAAAGAACAUGGCAAGAGAACAAAAAUAUUAGAAUUACAACGAAUACAACAAGUUCUAAUACUAUUCCUCUUGUCGAUAUUGUUGCACAUUCGAUCGGUGGAAAUCUCGCUUUAUACAGUGCUUUUACUCAAGAUUGUUCAUACAUUGAUGUACAAGGUAAUUUGAAAUUUCGAUCGGCACCACAACCAAAUCUUCAUGUUGGAAAAAUAAUAACUGUUGCACUUCCUUCAAAUCAAAUAGAAAUAAAUUGUAUGCGUGAAAUAAAUAAACUUGAUAAUUUAUUCAAUGUUAAUGCAGAAUUUGAUGCAUUAAUGGCUUAUAAAAAAUGUGCCUUGGUAGAAACACUUCCUUCAAAUGUCAAGUACAUUGAUGCAGGACAUAUUGGAAUAGUAUUUAAUCGCUCGACUUACUCUUAUGUGCUUCAAUUCCUACUUAAAUAA